AUGGAAAUUAUACAAAAGAAUGAGGCCUUCAAAAGAAUUGACAAUGGUCAACUGAGAUUCUCUUACGUUCAGAUUUUUGCCAGGCGGGAUGGCGUACUAUACUCUGGGAAAUGGCUAAACCGACAAGAAUCUCCGAAUACCCUUGAAGAACUCCAAGAACUUAAGCGCAUCACGAUCGAGGACAGGGGCCCUGAAGUUAAAACAACUUGGUCUGCGGUAUUUGUGAAAACACCUAGUCUCCUCGCAUAUGCUGAUGGAAAUCUCGAAAAACGAAUUUCUCGCGAAGUUGAAACCUGCGAAAUCCUUCGGGAAAACCCCCAUCCAAAUAUUGCGACUUAUUACGGUUGUAAUGAAAACAACGGCCGAGUCUCAGGCUUAUGCUUUAGACGAUAUAAGUCUACGUUGCUUGAAGCAGUCAAUCCUCAACAUCUUAACAAGGCCGCAUUUCUUUCGAGUGGCCGCGAGCUAGUAACGGAGAGUAUAAAAAGUGGCCUUCAAGAGCUCCUGGCUGCCAUUAAACAUCUUCACUCGCUUGGGUUUGUUCAUAAUGACAUCAACCCUGCCAACUUUAUGCUCGACGAAGAGGGGAUGCUUAUCCUUAUCGACUUCGAUAGCUGCCGAAACUUUGGGGAGUCCUUGCGCAGCACCGAAACAAAAAGAACUCAUCAUUGGCAUGACCCUGCUGUGGAAACUUCCAUCGAAAAGAACGACAUUGAUGCCUUCAAAGAUCUGCAAACUUGGCUGACUGGAUCGGCGAUUGAGGACUUCAUUUUCCUAUGA